CUCUCACUUGUUUAUAUCCUUAUCUCCAAAUGUUAUCCAACUCCACCAAAUCAGAUAAAAUCCCAUCCCCCUCUCUCAUUCUCUCUCUAUAUGCACGCAUAUAUACUUACACUAUACUAUAUAUAUAUCAUCAGUCAUAAGCCUUCCCUUAAUUUCUUCUGAGAAAAGUAGUGUUUUUAUUAUAAUUAUAGCAACAAUGGCUAAGAUAUCAAUGUUAUGUUGCUAUCUUUUGGUUGCUUUGUGCUCUGGUUAUAUUAGUGAAGCAGCAGAGACUGAGAUAGGGAUUUAUGAACUCAAGAAGGGAGACUUCUCUAUCAAGAUCACCAACUAUGGUGCAACUGUUCUCUCUGUCACACUCCCUGAUAAAAAUGGAAAAUUGGAUGAUGUUAUUCUUGGAUAUGAAACAGUUGAUGGGUACAAGAAUGAUACAACCUAUUUUGGGGCAAUUGUUGGGCGUGUAGCAAACCGAAUUGGAGGGGCUCAAUUUACUCUAGACGGCGUUCAAUAUAAAUUACACGCAAAUGAUCAUGGAAAAAACACACUCCAUGGCGGCCUCAAAGGAUACAGUAGAGUCAUAUGGACUGUGCAUAGCUACAAAGAAGAUAGUCAUCUUUCAUUAACUUAUAAGAGCUUCGACGGUGAAGAAGGCUUUCCUGGUGAUCUUGCUGUCACAGUUACAUACAUGAUAAUGAGCACAAAGCAAUUGGGAAUAAAAAUGGAAGCAAAGGCACUAAACAAGGCCACCCCAGUGAAUCUAGCUUCACAUAGCUACUGGAACCUUGGCGGUCACAACAGUGGUGACAUCCUCUCACACGAAAUCCAACUGUUCGGGUCCAAGAUCACCCCAGUGGACAAGAACCUCAUCCCCACCGGAGAAAUUAAACCUGUGGAAGGGACACCCUAUGAUUUCCUUCAACCCCGCACGAUUGGGAGCAAAUUGAGUGAGCUACCAGAGGGUUAUGAUAUCAACUACGUGCUGGACAUCCCAACUUUUGAGCAUCUGCAUAGGGUGGCAACAGUGAAGGAAAACAAAUCCGGUAGAAAGAUGGAGCUGUGGAGUAAUGCACUUGGAGUCCAGUUUUAUACAAGUAAUAUGUUGGACAAUGUCAAAGGAAAAGGUGGGGCUGUGUACUCGAAAUAUGGUGGAUUGUGCUUGGAGACACAGGGCUUUCCCGACUCCGUCAAUCAUCCAAACUUCCCUUCACAAAUCGUGAAUCCGGGGCAGACUCACUUGAAUGUCAUGGUUUACAGGUUCACAGCAGGCUAAAGAAGACCAUUUAUACAUCAGUGACCUCAUCUUCUUCUUCCUCAUCUUUCUUUUUUUUUUUUUUUUUUUUAUUUUUUUUUUUUUUAGUUGUAUAGUUGGGGAACAUCAUGGUGGUUUAAGUAUCUCUCUCUCUUUUCUUUGGAGCUUUUCAUGAUUGAUUCAAUAAGAGUAUUAGUCAAAAUUGCUUAAACAAUCUUUGGAUGUUUUCUCAGACACAAUUUGCAUUCUUGGCCAUAUAUGAUGAACCAUUCAAG